AUGACGAAGUUGACAUCUCUUACUUUGUAUGACAACAUGCUCACUGGUCACUUACCCGAAAAUGUUUGUAGCGAUAGAUUAGUCCAGUAUUUCGGCAUAAGCAAUAACCAUUUGAUUCUCGACUUAUCGGGGAACAAAUUGAGCUCUAUGCCAGACAGCAUUGGAGCUUUGAAGAAUCUCCAUUACUUGAAUAUGAGCUGCAACAAAUUCAGCCAAAGAAUUCCAAUUCCAAUUGGUGAAAUGGUUCACCUUUCUCAACUUGAUUUGAGUAAUAAUUUGCUUAUCGGAGAAAUACCAGCACAAGUCACCAAGUUGCAAGACCUGGUGACCCUAAAUUUCUCCUUCAAUAAUCUUUCGGGUCCUAUUCCAAACAACAAAGCAUUUCAAGGUGCUCCGGCAGAAGCAUUCCAAGGAAACAAAGGAUUGUGUGGCAAUGUGAGUGGAUUGCAAGCAUGUCAACUGUUACACAAGGAAAAUAAACAUGGCUCAAAAAAGAGAUAUAUGAUUGUGUUUAUAGUUGUGUUUCCUCUCUUAGGAGCACUUGCUAUAUCCUUUGUGAUAAUUCUCGUGUUUUGUAAUUUCCAAAGACGAAGGAAGGGCGACCCUGAGAACAACAAGCAAUCACUUUCACUAUCUAUUUUUGAUAGGAUAGUGAAAUUUGAAGACAUCAUGGAUGCAACCAACAACUUUGAUGCCAUGUAUUGCAUUGGGGAAGGGGGUCAUGGAACUGUCUAUAAAGCUGACCUUCCAUCAGGUGAUAUUGUAGCUAUCAAGAGAUUUCACUGUUUACUUGACAAUGUCACUUCAAUAGAUCAAAAGGAGUUUUUCAAUGAGGUCAAGGCAUUAACAGAGAUAAAGCAUCGGAAUAUUGUGAAACUUUAUGGCUUCUGCACACAUUCAAAAUACACAUUUUUAGUCUAUGAUUAUCUCCAAAGAGGUAGCCUGGCUAAAAUUCUAAGCAACGACAAGGAAGCGAAAGAAUUGGAUUGGUGUAGGCGGGUGAAUGUCAUCAAAGGGGUCUUUCACGCCUUGUCUUACAUGCACCGUGAUUUGUCGUUGCCAAUCAUUCAUCGAGACAGAUCGAGCAAAAAUAUUUUGCUAGACUUGGAAUACGAAGCUCAUGUUUCUGACUUUGGUACUGCUAAGCUUCUCAAGCAAGACUCAUCUAAUCGGUCAAAACUAGCUGGAACACAUGGAUACAUUGCCCCAGAACUUGCUUAUACGAUGAAGGUGACUAAAAAAUGUGACGUAUAUAGCUUUGGAGUGUUAACACUAGAAAUUCUCAAAGGGAGUCAUCCAGGCGAUAUCAUGUCAAGUACAUCAUCUUCAUCUUCAUUUGCUACACUACAAAUUAAACUUGAUGAUUUGUUAGACCAACGCCUUUCACCUCCACGGUACAAGGUUCUUGAUAAACUGAACUGCAUCAUGGAGGUGGCGGUUUCAUGCUUGGAUGUGAAUCUACAAUGUAGGCCGGCGAUGCAACUCGUUUCUAAGUUACUAUCCGACUGA